GACCUGAUAGUGCGCGAAUCGUCAGUCACUGCUGCUAUUCAUGGUCGGAGGCUGAGGAGAACCACACGUGGUCACGCGGCAGCAGCAUCCACGGGGGAUGUAUCACACGGGAUGCGGAGAGCGCCUCAUGACAUCCAGCAUCGAUGAUGCCUGUGUUUGUCUCUCUCCGGCGAGGGUGAUCUGAGACAGAAGCUAGGAUAUCUCCCAAUAUCACGAGGGGUAGUCACAUCCGAGAUGGCUUGCUUUCUACUAGCGCUACAACUGCUGUACCAGGCUUUACUGGUCUCUUCGCAAAACGUUAUUCAGCAAAAUGUGAUGUGCGGAAGAGAUGGCAUUAAGAUCAACAUAGAGUUCGAUGCAGUGUUCGAUGGCAUGGUGUACGCUAAAGACUUCUACGACAACCAAGCAUGCCGCCAUGGAGGCGGAAACAAGAACGUGAACUUUGACAUGCGAUACGAUAGCUGUGGAAUCAGGGAGGAUAAUAACGGACAGGUGCACGAGCUGACUGUCAUAUCGCAGCAGAAUCCCACAGUCAUCACGCAAGCAGACGACUUCUACCACAUCACCUGCGAUGCUGGCAACAUGAACAAGAAUCUCACGCUGAAAGCCGGCCUCGGAGUAGCGUCGCCGCGGGAGACGCACAUCGAGCCCACGAUGCCGUCACACAUCCUGCAGCUGAAGAUAGUACCUGGGGACAUCGACUCCCGCAAGCAGGUGCAGGCGGCCGUGGUCGGCGAGCGUCUGCUACUCGUGGUAGAGAUGACCAACGAAGAUAGUGUUCAACAUUCUUUGUACAGCUGCGUGGCGAACAGAUGA